AAAAGCGUUCACGCGCCUUGGCAUGGGCUGGGUGUCGUGGGCGCUGACGAUUGGUCACAGCCCCUGGGCGACAGGAAGUGACCCCCAGAGAGCAGCGUCCCUCGUGGCAGUUCUGACCUGGGCUCGGAGGAGAGUAGAGCGUUUGUGUCAGAAAGGACGGCGGGAGGCCGGGCCAAUGUGGGCAGUGUAGGCUGCGCCGUGUUACCCAAACCGAGCUUCGGAUGGAAGGUGUCGGAUUCCACGGGAGAGUUUCUGCCAUUCCGGUUGUGGAGGGCAGCUGACCGUCGGGGCAUUAGCACAAGCCGUUUUGGGCUUGCGUUUGUUUACUUCUACAUGUAUUACGUCUUCUCCGUUUUCCACGUAUGCUACAUGUUCAACAUAAUUGUGAUCUCGCUGGACGUUUUGUGAUCAUCAUCUGUGUCAUCGUCCGCUUUGGUGGGACUGUCCGCUAUUGUGUCGACCCUGCGCCUUCAUCACCUCGUCAGCGCGUGAGCGCGACCCUGCUGUGCCUGUGUGCGGCCCAGCCAUCGGGAGGGAGCGCCUAGGGUGGAGGUCGACAAGCGGAGUCUCCGUGACCAAGGUCUACCGGGACGAGAGCCGUGGGGUCAGCCGGACAGCUGGUCCAGAGGAAGAGGGGGUGGUUCCCGCUGGUUCUACGAACACUGAGCGGACACUUGCCUGCGCUGUGUCGCAGUGCUCUUUGUGUGUUCUCUGCUGUGUGUGUGUGUAUUUUAAUUGUAACUUCUUUGCGGGGAGGCAGUCCCCUGUUGUUUUUUUUUAUAUUUAUUUGACGAGUGCUCGUGGGGUUUUUUUUUUUUUUUUUGAUCCGUUUUUCUGUGGGUGUGUGUGGGUGUAUGUGUAUGCGUGUUUAUACUUGUCAUUAAACUGCGUGUUUGUAUCGUUGUUCCCGUCUUUGUCGUGGUUUGUGCCGUGCACGGGUUUCGAGAGGUAAGUCGUAGACUGCCUCCGGCCGAGUGUCUGUGCGUGUCUGGCCGGCUGUGUGAGCGGCUGUGCGCGUGCUUCUGGCGAGGCUGUGGGUGGAACGCGACAAUUGGUGGAGAUGCGGGGUAUGAUUCACCCCACCCUUAGUUCCUCGAACCCGUGAAUGUUGUCUUGUCUUGUUUCGUAACGUCCUUGUUUGUCUCGUGGGUAGGCUACGCAGUUUGUGCGCAGUGUGUGAGUGUAGGCGAGUAGUUGCACCCCUGGUCCGUGCGGGUAGGAGGGGGGAUUCUCACGCGCUCACCCCGCGGGUUGUUGCUUUUUCGUCCCGACGGUUGUUUUUCCUACUCUGUAGUGCGUCGGAUUGCACGUUCGGCUUGCUCUUCUCUGAUCUUGCGUUUGCGUUCGCAUGUUACUUUCACUUUCUGGUGUCCGCUAUUUUAGCUGUUUCUGGUUGCGGUUGACACCUCGGUUCAGUACUAAGUCUGAUAUUUUUCUGUUGAUUCCACGGAGGCGCGGUUGCGUGUUUUUCUUUUGUGGUUAAGCCAUCAUGUCCGACGUAGAGGAAGCGGUGGCCACGCGAACGCGCUCGCAAGUGGCGGCGCGCGGUGGAAGGUUCGAGUCCAAGUCGCGCAGUGACGCAGGAAGCGAUGAGUCACUUGAGCGUAGAGGCUCACCCUCGCGCUGGGGGCCAUCGGGAGGUCAGCCCACAGAACCAGCCCUGGAAAGGUACCUACGCCUAGGCAGGGAGAUAGGCCUAUCAGGUCUGGAGUUAGCAGCGUUUGCAGAGAGACGAGAGGAAUCUGAGAGAGCAGAGAGAAUCCGUCUCGAGGAACUACGCCACGAUGUGGAGAUUGCCCGUGCUAGAAGCGUGGCUGAGAGGAAGGAUGCGCCAGGCAUCCAAGGAGAUGUGGUACGUCUGAAAAUCCCACCCUUCGACGAAAAGGAGGACCUAGAGACGUAUCUCUGUAGGUUUGAGCGCUGGGCUAAACUGCAACAAUGGGACCUCAGCACCUGGGCAAUCAGAUUGGGCGUACUGCUGAGAGGAAAGGCCAGCGAGGUGUAUAUAGGUCUCAGCGAUAGUGAUGCCGAAGACUACCAAAAGCUUAAAGCCGCUCUCCUGGCGAGGUUUCGCUUAACUGCCGAGUCAUACAGACGUAAACUGCGAGCGUCCCGGCGGGAAGGAGGCGAAACUUUCCAACAAUACCUGGCCAGGAUCCGCCUGUACCUGGCAAGGUGGAUGGACUUAGCAGGCAAGGCAGCCACCUUCGAAAGUCUAAAAGACUUAGUACUAAUGGAACAGCUGCUAGACAGUGUACCCCUUGAUCUAGCCACGUUCAUCAGGGAGAGGGCACCCAAGGACGUGGAUGACGCGGCUGUUUUGGCUCAACAGUUUUCAGAUGCGAGAGUGGCAGCGAGGAGCCAUCGCACGGACCCCACCACUCGUCCUCAGAAGAGCGAGCAGCAGGAACGGCGGAGCGAGCCCCGUUUCCCGGAUGACCAAAAGCAGGAAAACAAGGCCUGUUUCCAUUGCGGUAAAGUGGGCCACUACAGGGCAGAGUGUCCGAAACUCCCCAAGAGUUCCGACGACAAGGUCGCCCUGGGGAGUACGAUCACUCUGGCCACCGUGAGGGCGGUGGAUCAGGAGGUGAGGAGUGGAACAUUGCUGGACAGAAGGUGUAGGCGUUCCGCUUAUUGUGACUUCCGCACGCAGGUGACCCUCAAUAGUCACGAGGUUUCUGCAGUGCGGGACACGGGUGCCGACCUACUUUGUGUCAGGCGUGUCCUAGUCGACCCGAAAGAUCUCACGCACAGGAAACAGAGGGUGCGCUAUGCAUCCACGGACACGCAGUGGGUACCUCUUGCAUACGUCCGGCUGGAGUCGCCGUACUACUCUGGCGAGGUAGAGGCGGCCGUUUUUCCCGAUCUCAUUGAAGGAGUGCUUAUAGGGAAUACCAUGCGGACGAAGGAAGGAAAAGAGAUACAGGUGCCGGUAUACGAAGAGCACGCGGCGACGUGCGCGCGGGUGAAAACCUGCAUGCAGAUGAGAAGCGCAGAAACUGAAAAGGCUCCACUACAAAAGCUGGAAAUUCAUGCCCAUGAGUUAAGCAUGCUGCAAAGCACAGACGAAAGUUUGCGGCACAUUAGAACCGUGGCUCAUCAAAGGCGGCCGCCCGUGCAGCGAGGCACAGGGGUCGUGUCCUUUCAACACGAGGGAGGUCUUCUUUGGCGCAAGUACACCGGAGGCAACGGAGUUGUACACAAGCAGGUCGUCGUGCCAGUCCCGCUAAGGGCUGAUGUUCUCAAAAUGGCGCACGACUAACCGACGGGUAGACAUCUCGGGGCCCACAGGACACGCCAACGGAUACUGGAUGAUUUUUAUUGGCCGUCGUUAUACAAAGACGUGCGGCGCUAUUGUGCAGCGUGCGCCACAUGCCAGCGCGCGACACCCAGGGGGCGAGUUCGUGAAACUCCCCGCGAACGGAGGCCAGCUAUCGAGGAAUCGCCCCGGCAGGCGGGGGACAGUAGCAGCCCUGGGGGACGGGUGUCAGUCGACGAGACGCACAUGGAGGUGCAGCAAAGGGCAGAAACCAGUCGUCAUGGAAAAGUAACAUAUGCACAGGCGAAUCUACUGGAGCCAACAAAACAGGAGGAGACACAAGACCCGCUUCAAGCGAAUGGGGACAGGUCCUGGCGGGCAUUAGGUCUCUGGGGUGAUGCUGUGUGCUUCCCGGGGAUGGGACGUAUCCUGGCAACAGCUCCACAUUCUCCGGCGUCGUUCUGCGUGGAGCAGAAGCCACGCGUCAGGCCGUCUGGAUCGGUAGAGAGUUCUGUUUAGGAUUUGGUGUUAGGACGUAUCACGGAUUUAGGCGUGAGUGAGUCUGGUUUUUUUUUUUUCUUCUAUUCUCUGUAACUGUUUCGCUAGGUUCUGCGGACAGUUUCUCUUUAGAUGUCGCGCAGGCGAUUGGUGUACUGUGAGACUGUAGAGGCUGACUUCUUAAGCAGGUCUCUCUCCCCGCCUGAUACCUUUUAGGCGGCCGGUUGCCUUCAACAGUAGAAGGAUGAUGAUGUCAGUUAUGUAGGUUAGCAAUGUUUAUAUUUUUCUUGUCGAGUUUCUUUAGGGUUGUGCCUUAGCCUACGCAGUCGUUCCCGUGUUUUGGGGUUUAGUAUUGGUGUUUUGACUGUAAUUUUUGACUGUUUUGACUGUUGCUCUUCUGUAAUCUUGACACGCCUUGGGUUUAAACUCCGCGUUGCUUUGUCUUUAGGGGGGGGAUGUGUCGCGUGUCACGAUUUCGGCCCUUCUGUCAGCGCCUGGGGACGCUCCUGUUCAGUAAGGCAGCUCACAGCAGACGACGGUUGGUGGCUUUUUUUUUUGUACGGUG